CGCGUUGGUGGAGGAGGAGUGCACAUGCGCUAGGACGGGCGGCACGAGGUGUUUUCGCGGGUCUAACGGCUCGCAAGAGGAGGGCGCGAGGCAGCGAGUGUGGGCGGUUGGUGAUAACGGCAGGCAGCUGUGGAAGACUUUUGUGACUGAUUAAAAACCUCCCACGUUUCUGAUCUCCUCCUAGAGGUUUUAGUGGAGUAAGGGAGGUCUUAGGAGCAUCCUGAGGGCCACUGGACAGAGGUGACUAGCCGGAACCUGUCUUUAACAAGAUUUGCUCGUGUCUCAUACCCUUAUGUUUGCCCAAGACCUCAGCCAGACUGAACGAUACUCGGGAACUGUUGCAAAUUAAGAUUAAUUCAGAAUGACUGCUGGGAAAGCCACGAUUGGGAAGCUAGCCCCUGAUUUUGAAGCUACUGCAGUGAUGCCAAAUGGGCAAUUUGAGCAACUUAAACUGUCUAAAUACAGAGGAAAGUAUGUAGUAUUCUUUUUCUACCCACUUGAUUUCUCCUAUGUGUGCCCAACUGAGAUUAUCGCUUUUAGUGAUCGUGUAGAAGAUUUCAACAAAAUUAAUUGUGAAGUAAUUGCUGCUUCUACAGACUCCCAUUUUGCUCAUUUAGCUUGGAUCAACACUCCAAGAAAGCAAGGAGGACUUGGUCCAACAAAAGUUCCUUUAGUAUCAGACCUUCGUCGCACAAUCUGUGUAGAUUAUGGUGUCUUAAAAGAUGAUGAAGGCGUUGCUUUCCGAGGUUUGUACAUCAUUGAUAAUAAUGGUGUUCUGCGCCAGAUCAUGAUCAAUGAUCUUCCUGUUGGGCGUUCAGUGGAUGAGGUCAUGCGGCUUGUUCAAGCAUUCCAAUUUACAGAUGAGCAUGGUGAAGUUUGUCCUGCUAAUUGGAAACCUGGUGCUGACACCAUCACACCUGAUGUAGAAAAAAGCAAGAAUUACUUUGCAAAACAGAAAUAACUUCUGGUUUGUGUAUGGUUCAUUGUGACCAAUAUAGAAUAUUAGACUGUUAAUUGUGUAGCUGAAAUAAGAGUUGUUUUUAGUGAGCAGAUAUUUUGCUGCUGUUUGCAGAGACUAAAACUGAUAAGUAUGAGCAUACAUUUUAUGCAUUGAAACUCUCUGCUCAGAGCCUCGCUUGAUAAGGUGUGAUUCAAAGCAUUUGGAAUGGAGGUAAAUAUGCCUAAUUUGUGUACUCCUGGUGUUUUGGUAAUUAAUUUCUAUUACUGGAAAAUCAAGAGGCCGUGAGUUAGGCGUGUUAAGCCCAGUGCUGCCUGAUUUUGUUGUGCUUGUUGAGUGAAGCUCUGUGCCAGGAGCAAAGUCUUGCAAAUUUACCCUGUACCUGACAAAAUCAGUUUCCAUUUGUGUAUUAGUUAGAAUGAAGCUUCAGUUCUGAAGCUAAAAUGCUCCAGUGUUUCACAAGAAUUGGAGCAUAAUGGUGACUUUGAUUA